AUGGGGGGGUGCCCGUUCGCGGGGGGGGGGUGGGAGGCGGUGAAGGCGGUGGAGCGGUCGAGACGCGGCGACGACGCGGGCUCGAGCGGGUUGGAGACGUUGACGAAUGAGCUCGUGGAAUCGCUCAGACCGACGGCGAAGAGCGAGAUGCGACGGCGGGCGGUGUUUGAACACAUAAAGGAGUUGGCGCAGGGGUGCUUCGGGACGGCGCAUACGCUGGUGAGCGUGUACGGGAGCGUGCCGUUGCGCGCGUACCUCCCGGACGGGGACAUCGACGUGUGCUUGCUCGGGGAUCAUCGCGUGAUCGAUAAGGCUUCGUGGACGACCAAGUUUCAGAAACACAUUGAAAAGGUUGAGGCGGAAUCGGAUUUCGAGUUCGCGGUGAGCGAAGUGAGCGUGAUCAACGCCGAGGUGCGGUUGAUGAAGUGCAUCGUGGACGGUAUGAUGGUGGACGUGAGCGCGAACCAAUUUGGAGGUUUGGCGUCGCUUGGAUUCUUAGAGGAGACGAACGCGUUCAUCGGUCGAGAUGACUUGUUCGUUAGAUCGAUCAUACUCGUCAAGGCUUGGGGAUUUUACGAGGGGCGCAUCUUGGGCGCCCACCACGCGUUGAUCGCCACGUACGCGUUGGAGACGCUCGUGCUGUACAUCAUCAACAAGUAUUACGCAGAGCUGACGUGUCCGUUAUCCGUCCUGCACAAACUCUUGCGCGUAUUCGGUGACUUUGACUGGGAGGGGUACGUGCUCACGAUUCACGGUCCGGUGGCGCUGGAGGACGCGAACAAUAUUCCGCCGGGGUGCUUGGAGGGCGGGUUGCUAACCGAGGAGUUCAUGCAGUCAAUGCUAUGUCAGUACGGGCAGAUUGAGACCUCGAACUCGGCGCCGGUCGUGGUGAAGUACAUGAACAUCAUCGAUCCACUCGUACCCAACAAUAACCUUGGCCGGUCAGUUUCGUGCGGGAAUUAUCGACGAGUACGCGCGGCUCUUCGUCUUGGGGCCCGACACUUGGACAAGUUGAUGGAGCGAUCCGAGGCGAGGGAUGACUUGGGUGUUCUGAAGGCGUUUGGAGAAAUUUUCGGGAACAUUUUGGCGCACAGGCGUUUAGUAUAUCCGCUUCCACACGCGCCGUCUACGCCCGGAGCUGCUCCGCACGCGGAUGAGGUAUCCUUGACACCGAUGGGGAUGCCGACGAGCGCAAUCGCCUUGCGAUCCAGGAGCUGUUUAGUCGAGGGUACGACCCCGGCCACGGCUCUGGCGACGCAUCCACACACCCGGUCCGUCGUCGACGAGUUACAACCCCGCGCAUUGCUCUUGAAUGACGAGGACGAGUUGGAGGAUCUGGAUGGUGACGCGAGCGCAAACCAUUGGCCGACGCUGGGUGAUCCUCCGUCGCCCGAUCGUCUCAAGCGAACGGAUUCUCACGGAUCGGUCUCGGAACAGCAGCGCGGGAUUCAUUGGGGAAGAUGGGACGUUCUUGUGGAUCAGCAGCGGGAUAUGGAUGUCUCCGACCAACAAGACUCGGGAGACACCAUAGACAACGACAGCGCAAAGCUCUCGGCUUCACCGCCAGAGAGUGAUGCCUCGGGCGAUGCCGGGGAGCGCAAUGAUUCGAACGAUGGCGCAAACGACGCGAACAGUUCCCCGCCGAUCCCUGAAGACGCGAAAACACCCGGCAUCAACGACAUCUUCACCGGCUGCUUGAACACGAUUAGAGAGCACUUGGCGUUUGGGGUCUAUCAUCACGCGCGGGCGCUCGAGCGUCAGCGCGCGGGCGCUAGACAAAGCGUGGAUGAUCGUCGACGUAACGCCGGCAAUCGUCGAGGGAACGGCAAGCCGCCGUACAGCCGAUCUCGGAACUCUUCGAGAAGCAACAAGGCGUCUAAGAACGGCUCGCAGCAAGGAUUUCAGCCGCCGCCGCCACCCGGUGCACCGCCGCCCGGGACUGUGAAGAGGGGAUACGCCAGUGAUUCCAACCCAUCAAAUGGAAGUUUAUUGGAUGAAUCACAUUUUCCUUCCGUCAAGGCUGCGUUGAACAAGGACACGGCGAUGGAGGCUCCGCAGAGACCGCGGUCGCCGCGACCGUCACCGACGUUCCCGCAGGUCUGGAGCGGGGUGGCAAACGUGCCCGCGAAGUUCUUCAACGACGAGAAUUCCACCGGUGAUAUCACCACCUCCGAGAUCGUGAUUUCCGACGAAAUGAGGAACAAGCUCACGACGAUUGUUGAGCCGCCCACGCCGCCGGCGACGCCGCCGCUGUCGGUAUCGACGCCAGAUUCACCGGCGAGACCGGUGUGGGGCCCCAAGGGAUCCGCGCCGAUCGACAUACUGAAGGCAAAUGCUGAAAAAUCGGUCAACGAGCGCCAAACGGCGCCAUCGGAGGAGACGGUGGCUCCUCUUGUGAGCGAGUGCACCGCCUCGGAGCAACACUCGGACGACUCCGCUGGUCCCGCCGUAGACACCCCGGCGAUGCCUACCAAGGGCAAGCGCGUUCGCACCCGACGAAAUCGCCAGCGAAUUCCAGACGCCGAGUGCGAUAUCGCCUUCCCGUCUCUCAACGGUGGUCCGGCCGAGACGCAAGCCUCUACCAAGGCGCAACAGUCUCAACCGACAUCGUGGGCUAAGUUACUGUAA